AUGCAAUUCAAACAAUCUAUAGCCACGCAACUAUCCACCAUCACAGGCCAUCCGGAAACGCAGUUGAUUGAAAUGAUUGAAAGACCAAAAAAUAAAGACUACGGGCAAUUUUCAAUAGCAGUGUAUAAAUUGAUGAAAAAUGGAAUGCGAAAGAAGAGGAAACUGGAUGAAACAAAAAGUGUGAAUCUUGAAGAAAAUUUAAUAGCGGGAGAAGGGAAAGAAAGGAAAGCCGCGGAUGAGUUAUGUAAAGAACUAGCCGAAAAAUUUCAAAGUUCUCCAACAAUAUCGAGUACAACGCCAAUAGGUCCAUAUCUCAACUUCCACGUUCAAAGACCUGUAUUCAUCCAACAUGUUCUUAACGAGGUUUUCGGUCAGAAAAAUCUUUACGGAACAUUCAAAUCUCAUGGACAAGGAAGAACCGUCGUGAUCGAUUUUAGCUCACCCAACAUCGCAAAACCAUUUCAUAGUGGUCAUCUGAAAAGCACUAUUCUCGGAAAUUUUGUGAAAAGGAUACAUGAUGCUUUGGGAUACAAGACUGUCGCUAUAAAUUAUUUAGGAGAUUGGGGCAAACAAUAUGGAUUAUUGGCUGUUGGAUUCAACAAGUAUGGAUCGCAUGACGAGUUGGACCAAGACUCUAUCAAGCAUCUUUAUGAUGUAUAUGUGAAAAUAAGCCAGGAAGCAAAGCACAAUCCUGUGAUUGAUCAGGAAGCAAAUAAUUAUAUCAAGAGAAUGGAGGAUGGGGACGAAUCAGUGCUCAGCCUAUGGCGAAAAUUCAGAGAUCUAAGCAUCAAAGAAUACAAAUCAAUGUACAAGAGAUUAAACAUUGAAUUCACUUCAUACUCGGGUGAAUCUGAAACUCAACCUCUCAUUCCUCAAGUUGAACGCCUUCUUACUACCAAGAAUCUUCUAUCCACCCAAGACGACGGUAUAUGCACAAUCGAUCUCUCUGAAUACAAUCUCGGUACUCCACAGCUCAAACGCAUAGAUGAGACAUCUGUAUACCUCCUUCGUGACAUUGUUGCAGCCAUACAACGCAAACAGUUGUAUAACUUUGAUCGAAUGUUCUACAUUGUUGGGAUGAGCCAACAAAAUCAUUUUCAGAGAUUGUUUAAAAUUCUCGAGUUGACACAAAGUGGGGAGGGCGAGGAUGGGGGGAAAUGGGCAGAGAAAUUGGAACACGUCGGCUUUGGGAUGAUUCGAGGAGUGUCGACGCGACAUGGCACAGCAGUGUUUUUGAAAGAUAUAUUGGAUACUGCCAAGCAACGCAUGUUAGAUAUUAUGAUGGGAAAUAAAGAAAAGUAUCAAGAUAUCAUUAAUAGUGGGCCUAGUCGACAGGUUCAGAAAGCGGAUGGUAGUCAGUUUAUAGACAAUUCGUCCUUUGAUGAUGACCAAACUGCAUUAAGUGAUGAGAAUAGUCAGAUCGAUCUCAUUGGAUUGUAUGGAAAGGAAGCAGCUGAUAGGAUAGCUGAUAUUGUUGGAAUAUCAGCAAUUGUAAUACAUGAUUUUACGAGAGAUAGAUAUAAAGACUAUACUUUUGAUUGGAAGAAAACUGUAGAUGCUCAUGGGCAUAAUGGUGUCUAUUUACAAUAUGCACAUGCAAGGCUGAGCAGUAUUGAAGAAAAAGCAGGCGUUAAACUAAAUCCCAGGGCUGAUCUUGAAACUCUUCAAGAAUCAGAGGCUUUUGAUUUGGCCUACCAAAUAUCACUUUACCCUGAAAUAGUUCUCCAAUCAUACAAAGAUUUCCAACCAUAUGUUAUUGUAAACUAUCUUUUCAAUCUAUCUCAAAGUAUAUCUCACGCUCUUAGGACAUUGAGGGUAAAGGGUAUGGACCCUGAAGUAGCGGAACCGCGAUUAUUGUUAUUUUGGUGUGCUAGAGUGACCUUGGGGAACGGAUUGAAUCUGUUGGGAUUGACUCCAUUAGAGAAGAUGUAA